UUUAUUUUUUUCUGCCCAUAACAAUUGAUAUGCAUGCAUGCACAGGGAUGGAAAAAACAUCGGCGGCCAUCACACUACAUGAAGGUGCUUGACCAGCGAAGCUCGAUAGAAGAAUCUGUAUCAGUCUCUAUUCAAUUAAGCGUAAGCUCUCUUAAGAUCUUCCAAUUCAGCGGCAUCAUGGUACUUGCAUAUUUUGGCUGUGGUGUUGUGCUUGGAAACGUUCGUCAUCUUGCAUAGUUUGCAUAGCUAUUGUCACGGGGUCGUGACGUUGACGAAGGCAGCAGUCUGCCGGUAACGGAAAGUCAGAUUACAGCAAUACACACUGGCACUGAUAGCGCCGAGUACAGCAUCGGCCGUGGAAAAGCUGGUCAUCGUUUGGACGCGCCGUCUUUUAUACAUCACGCAUCUAACUUUCCAGCCUUAUCACUGGUGGUCACGCAAACUCUGAAAUAAGCCUGACUGUUCUCGUCUUGCGCGCAAUCUUAACGAAACGAUCUACUACAAUCAUGAAGCUUCUAGAACACUGAGGCGCAGUCUGCACCGAUCAUUGUCGACAGUCUUUGUGGGCGUAAACGGAAUACAGCAAAAUUGAAACAAGACGUGUUAGCGGAAUCGAAAUGCUAGGCUGGCAACAUGGGGGGAGGAAGGAGGGCGACCCGCGAUGGAAGCAGUCGUAACGCACGUUGUUACUCCUAUUUUUCUCUUAUUUCUCAAUUAAAGAGUUAUUUGUUCAAAAUGUGAGUCUGCGAAGAAUUCCUUAACAUCUCAGAAGUGGGAUUUACCGAAACCUUUGUGGUAAAGCGACCCUGGAAACCGAUGUCGGGGGAUUGCGACGACAGUGACGCUCGCCGACUUUCAACUGACGCUGCGUUGGUGCCGUCUUUGUGAGGUACUGACUGGAAAAGGGACUGUGUGACGCCUUGAACGUACUCGCGGACACUGUGUGACGUCCACGAGACAACGGUACCGUCUUCGUGAAGUACCGACUUCUAAACGCGAGUCUUCGUGCUGCCUCAGAAACGUGCGUGCGGACGCUCUGUGUGACGCCUGCGAGACGCUACGAUACCGUUUCUGUGACUGAUCGACAUUGAGCCGUUGUGCCGCCUCGAAAACGUGCGUAUGGACGCUCUGAGUGUCGUUGGCAAGCCUAGACGUUUAUCUGUUGGUGAAAAACUGUGUGUACGCCCAGACAGGCGUAUAGACAACGCCCAAGAUGGCAGACGGCGGCGGAACUAACGAAAUGAUGCAAGCUUUGCUGGAGCAAAACCGGCGGUUAUUGGAGCUUAUCAAGAGGAAGCCUGAAGCGUUCCACGUUAUGCCGGACCUAAAUAAGGCUAUCCAGGAUUUCGACGGCGAGGGCUCAUGCCACGAAGCUGGGGCGUGGUUGAAGAGUAUCGAUUCCAUGGCGGCCCUGCACGGCUGGCCGGACAGCUUCAGACUCGAAAACGCCAGGCUUCACAUGAAGGGACCUGCUCGAUUUUGGCUUCAGGCCCGUGUGGAUGACCUUACUACGUGGGAGGACUUCAAGAUAGCCUUCAAAAAGACUUUUGUGGGCCAGACAAGCACGGCCGAAAAGUGGAAGCAAAUGCAAGAAAGAGUCCAGAUGAAGGGAGAAUCCAUCACGGCGUACUUUCUUGAAAAAACAUUGUUAUGCAAAGCAUUGGGCCUCGGUAUGCAGGAUACCAAAGAGCAAGUUUUGGUGGGGCUGCGGUUUAAAGAUGCAUGCAUCUCAAUGUCGGCGAAGGAUCACGAGGACGAGGACGAAUUGCUGGCAGACUUGCGAAGACUAGAGCGAAUAACCAAAGCUAGAAUGCAGCAGUAUCCAGGGGCCAAGCCACACGGUGGUGACCCAGGUAGCGCGACAUCUCGUGGGAAGCCUCCGCCUUCAAAAUCUUGGAACGCCACGCGUCCAACCGAGCAAGUGAUCACAAAUGCACGUGUCGCACAUCAAGCAAGUGGUGGGGGACCACCGAAGCAAAUGCCAGAGCCUCCCAAGCGUGAUCCGUCAGAGCGAAAAUGCUACAGCUGUGGAAGGGUGCGGGCACAUAGCGAAAGACUGUUCAAAAACAAACCCUGCUGGGAACUUCAUGGUGAAUGAGGACCCAACAAGUGACAGUGGUCCAUCCAAGUUCCUGAAGACUGCGAUCAUCAAUGGUACUCACCA